AGUACAAGGAUGCCGUGAUAUGUUCUAUUAAAGAUUCCAACUGAGUUCUAAGAGAGCUCAUAAAACUUUUGAUACAAAGAUGCUAUGAGGUAGUCAGACAAGCUAGCAGUCAGAAUGAAAGAGCUUUCGACGAAGCACAAGUGAUCACUUUGCUUUGUUGUACUUUCAGGACAUAUUAUAAUGCGAAAGCUUUUAUUUCAAAGUACCUGUGGCUGUGGAAUAGCUUGCAUGUUUGUAAGAACAACUAACUGUUUCAUGGUAAUCUGUACAAAAUGUUCCACACCCAGCUAAAUUCUGUACUAAGUAUGCCAAGAGGAUGAUACAUUAUGAGUAGCAGUGUAGUAGCGACACACAGUCAGUGUUUUCCAGCCACUUGCCCUUUUCCCUGGAUAAGACAACAGAGAAACAGAAAUCACGCUGAUACAUCUGCUACUAUAAACCUUGGGCUCUUGCAGUGAUUAGUAUGAAGAUUGUUUGGAAGAUGAACAGAAAUUAAUCAAGACGAGAGGUGCCACAUGGGCAGUCAUGAGGAACAUCGCUUUGUGGGGAUUGUGGAGAAACAAGAAGAAUGAUAAUUUGUAAAUGUGUGUCAAGCUUUUUCCAGAGUUUGUUCGUCGUGUGCUAAAAGUGAAUUGGUGUAAGUGGACUGAAAAGAACUGGAAUGAGCUGAAGAAAAACUUCCACCUAAGAGAAACGAAAGGGAGGAAAAAAAGACAAAAGCGUUUUAAAAAAUUGUCACAGCUUGCUACCAGACAGUUGGGAAUUGCAGCUCAGAGAUGGAGGACUUGAAUUCUGAGGGCCCUAUCAUACAUGAGCUGAAUACAGAGAUCAGCGACCUACUGCUCCAAAUCCACAAAGUGAUAACUGAACUGGGGCUAAGGAUCAAACAGAAAGUCGUGCAGACUGCUAAUGUCCUGUGUGUACUUCAGCUGAUGAUAUUUGUGGCCAUUUUUCUUUACAUCACUUUCUAUUAUACUUUCAUGCCUACCGCAAUCUUCGUCACUCCUGUGCACUUCCAUUACAGCAGCAUGCUCUCAGACUCUGUCUGCUCCUUUCCUGUGGCCAACGUCUCACUGCUUAAGAACAACAGGAAACAGGUGAUGACGCCUGGACAGCCAUAUCAUAUCACACUGGACCUGGAAAUGCCAGAGUCUCCAACCAAUACGGAACUGGGGAUGUUCCUGGUGAAGAUAUCAUGUUACUCCCAUGAAGGGCAGACUGUCGAUGCUUCAAUGCGCACGACAAUGCUACGCUAUCGCUCCUCCCUGCUGCAGACUCUGGAGACUCUGAUGUUGCUUCCUUUGAUGCUGAUGGGAGUAACUGAGCAGAAGCAGCGUGUCCUGGUCGAGCUUUACUCUUCCUAUGUAGACAGCUCUUAUAAGCCUACAAUUGGUGCUGUUAUAGAAAUCCACUCUCAGCAAGUUCAGAUCUACAAAGCAGAGCUCUACAUUCAUGCUCACUUCGGUGGCAUCAGGUAUAUCCUCUAUCACUUCCCCUUCACCUCAGCCGUGGUGGGAGUGAUGAGUAACUUCAUGUUCCUCAGUGUGAUUAUCCUCAUUGGCUUUAUACAGGACAGCACCUUGUGGCCACAUCUACAUUUUGAAAAAUGGAAUAAACCUAGAGAAAGGAAAGAAGAUAUACCAGAAGAUAGAAAUACACACUCUGAGGAAAACUACACAGGUGCAAAGAGACCUUUGCUGGAUCCCUCUGAAAUAAGAUCAACUGACAACAUGGAUUCCAGUUCUGACAAGAUGGGAGAGUCCAUUUUUGACAAAGAAGUGAAGAAGACAGUUAAGACAAAUUACAUUAAAAAAAUAGAUGAGUAACAGGUUUCGUUUGUGUUGGUGGAUGGGUGUCAUGUUACUGCCCAAAGGGUGCUGAACCCAUCCCAUCAGCCCCAGGACAUCACAUGCUUUAAACACUGUCACCUGAGUCUCAUCUCACCCUGAUUUAGCACUUCUAUAGAAAUUAGUCUGGUUUGUAAGCACCGUAGUACUUAGCGUUUGUUGGUGUGUGCACUUUAGUUAAGUUGUCUUUAUUUGUCACAUAUACAUUACUGCACAGUGAAAUUCUUUCUUUGUAUAUGUGUCCUUGGGGUUUGGGGUCAGAGCGCAGGGUCAGCCAUGAUACAGCGCCCCUGGAGCAGGCUGGGUUGGGGGCCUUGCUCAAGGGCCCAGCAGUGCAGCUUGGUGGUGCUGGGGCUUGAACCCCGAGCUUCUGGUCAACAACCCAGAGCCUUAACCACUUGAGCUACCACCACCCCAAAGGAAAGAAGCUAAUGUCAGAAGUGGGAAGACCUUAGCCACAGUCUUUUUGUUUAUUUUUUUUUUCAUAUCUCUAGUUUUAGUGUUUUUAAACACAGAUUUUUGUCUGAUGGAAUGUCAGUUUAAGCUCCUAAAUUAAAAUAGAUGUCAACAUUUAAAUAAUAAAGGAAAAGGUAUGAGAAAUGAAAAAGCAAGCAGGAGUUUCACGACGUGAAUUUCAGUCAUGCCAAAAGUGUGAACAGUGGGCCUCAUUUAUCAAGCUGGAUAUGAGUGAAUAAUUUUGUAAAUCAUUCAUAGGAGCAUUCACAGAAAAAAAAAUGGUAUUCAGGAAAAUCAUUUUUCAGAAAUCAUAUUUGUUCAGAAAUCCUAUGGGAGCUUCUGAGUUUGUGUAAAUGUAUUAUUAAAACACAUGAAAUAAUUUGUAUUUUUAUUGGUGUGGACGUGAAUAAAAAUCCGCCUCUGAGAAAUUCGCUUUCUAUUUUGCCAUCAUUCCAGGUUUCAGCUCUCUGUGAGUUUAAUUUAUAAGGCUUUGUGGGCAUCACUCUAUGCAAAUGAGCUGUCAUGUACAUGUGUUUACACACCACAGAUGACUGGCAUUUAUCAACAUGCACAUUUUGUAAAUCUAUCCCAAAAAUGAGU